GGCCGGCGGGCAGACUGGGACCGGGGCCGGCGGGCGGGGGCCCGGCCUGGAGCCGCCGGCAUGACUGGCCGUGUGUGCCGCGGCUGCGGCGGCACCGACAUCGAGCUGGACGCGGCGCGCGGCGACGCCGUGUGCACCGGCUGCGGCUCGGUGCUCGAGGACAACAUCAUCGUGUCCGAGGUGCAGUUCGUGGAGAACAGCGGCGGAGGCUCGUCAGCCGUGGGCCAGUUCGUGUCGCUGGACGGUGCUGGCAAAACCCCAACCCUGGGCGGCGGCUUCCACGUGAACCUGGGAAAGGAGUCAAGAGCACAGACCCUGCAGAACGGGAGGCGUCAGAUCCAUCAUCUGGGAAACCAGCUGCAGCUGAACCAACACUGCCUGGACACAGCCUUCAACUUCUUCAAGAUGGCCGUGAGCAAGCACCUGACCCGUGGCCGGAAGAUGGCCCACGUGAUCGCGGCCUGCCUCUACCUGGUGUGCCGGACGGAAGGCACCCCGCACAUGCUCCUCGACCUCAGCGACCUGCUCCAGGUGAACGUUUACGUGCUGGGGAAGACGUUCCUUCUUUUGGCGAGAGAGCUCUGCAUCAACGCACCAGCAAUAGUGCCCGCAGGUAGGGAUGGAGUGAGACGAAAGUGCUGCACGGAUGGGGGCCCGUCUCUCCACCUCUCGAGGAGCACCCCUGGCAGCACGGUGCCUCGGGCGGGCAGGCCCCUGCAGACAGAGCGGGCCUUUCCCAGCCUUGGUCGGUCGGCCUUUACGGCAGCUUUACGGCAGCUUUGCGACCCCUGCCUGUACAUCCCGCGCUUCGCCCACCUGCUGGAGUUUGGUGACAAGAACCACGAGGUGUCCAUGACGGCCCUGAGGCUCCUGCAGAGGAUGAAGAGGGACUGGAUGCACACGGGCCGGCGCCCUUCGGGCCUCUGUGGGGCAGCACUUCUAGUUGCAGCCAGGAUGCACGAUUUCCGGAGAACCGUCAAAGAGGUCAUCAGCGUGGUCAAGGUGUGCGAAUCCACGCUGCGCAAGAGCGUCUGUUUCAGGCUCACGGAGUUUGAAGAUACCCCCACCAGUCAGCUGACCGUGGACGAGUUCAUGAAGGUCGACCUGGAGGAGGAGUGCGACCCCCCGUCCUACACAGCUGGGCAGAGGAAGCUGCGGAUGAAGCAGCUGGAACAAGUCCUGUCAAAACAGCUGGAGGAAGUGGAAGGUGAAAUAUCCAGCUACCAGGACGCAAUUGAGAUUGAACUAGAAAACAGCCGGCCAAAGGCAAAGGGGGCCCUUGCCAGCCUGACGAAAGAUGGCUCUGUUGAGGACACCACAUCCAGCUUAUUUGGUGAGGAGGACGCCGAGGAUGAAGAGCUGGAGGCCGCCGCCAGCCACCUGAACAAGGACUUUUACCAGGAGCUCCUUGGUGGGGGCCUCCCCGGCAGCGCGGAGGCGGCAGGAGGCCCUGAGGGAGGCGGUGGGCCCCCCGCCCUGGAGUCCCUGCUCGGCCCUCUGCCCACUGCGGCCAGUCUGGGCAUCUCGGACUCCAUCCGAGAGUGCAUCUCCUCCCAGAGCCGGGACCCCAAAGAUGCUUCCGGGGACGGUGAGCUAGACCUCAGCGGCAUUGAUGACCUCGAGAUAGACAGAUACAUCCUGAACGAGGCCGAAGCCCGCGUGAAGGCCGAGCUGUGGAUGCGGGAGAAUGCCGAGUACCUGCGGGAGCAGAGGGAGAAAGAAGCGAGAAUCGCGAAGGAGAGGGAGCUCGGCAUCUACAAGGAGCACAAGCCUAAGAAGUCCUGCAAGCGGCGGGAGCCGAUUCAGGCGAGCACGGCCGGGGAGGCCAUCGAGAAGAUGCUGGAACAGAAGAAGAUCUCCAGCAAGAUCAACUACAGCGUGCUCCGGGGCCUCGACAGCAAGGGCGGGGCCGGCCCGCGCCGGGAGCACGCCCGGCCCCAGGAGACGGCUGGCGCCAGGAGGCUGUCUCGGCGGAAAGCGCCCGCCAGCACGAGCGGGGCUGAUCCCGUGGCCGGCGUGCGGAAAAGGUUGAGGCCGAUGGUGUCGACGCAGCCAGCUAAGAAGGUGGCCGUGGGAGAGCAGGCCUUGCUCCCGAGUCCCCCCUCCCUGGAAGCCGAGCCCGUCAGGCCCACGUCAGCGGUCGUGGUGGAGAGUGGGCCUGUGUCGUACCACCCAGAGGAGGACGCGGACGAGGAGGACCCCGAUGAGGAGGAUGGGGAGCCCUGUGUCAGCGCCCUGCAGAUGAUGGGCGGCAACGAUUACGGCUGUGACGGUGACGAUGACGAUGGCUACUGAGGCGUGACCUUGCCGCCGGCAGUGUUCUGCUGGUGGACCCCCCGGCAUCUCCUGAGGGGUCAGAUGGGCCUCUGGGGCCAGCCCACAGGCGUGAGUGCCGAGACUUGGUGACAAGAUGGGUGCCGGCCCGCCUGCCCCGCCGCCCUCUUCCACAGCCACACGUGGCCUCUGUGGCACUUGCUGUUUGUUGCGACCAUGUUUUGAGCAACGUAAGGAGUGUUUCUGCCCAGCAAGGGGGGCUGGACCAGCUGUCUGUAUCUGGUCAGAGGUGGGUCUCACGGCCCAAGAACCCUCACAGGCAGCAAUGUCAUGUCCCACGGAAGGAAACUAAGGCACAGGGAGCCCCAGCCGCUGGUCCAAGUGCGUGGAGGGCUGGGCGGGCUCCAGGACCCUCCUCUGCCUGUGUGGGGCUGGGUUCCCUGCAGCCCUCAGCUUCUUGCCGUGUCUGAGAAGCACUUUGUGUCCCGCUGGUCCAGAAUCGAUCGUGUAUCUCCAGCCGAAGUCCCCAGCCGGGCCCUCACGCCUCCCUGCCACUGCCUGGGCCCUGGGGACCCACAGAUCUGCACCCAAGAGCCCAGAGGCUGCUUGGCCAGCCGGCAUCACUCAGCAGAUAUGUGCACAGCCGCCCCGGCCGGGUAGCCUGCGUGGCCGGCCUGGGUGAGAGAGCUAGAGGUGCUUCCUGUCUGAGCUGCGAUCAGGCUCACCGUCCGCGGAGGCAUGGCCGGCAGAGGGGCCUCGAGCUUGGCAGCCCUGCUCUGGAUGGUUCCUGCCACCCAGAACCUCCCGGGCCAGGCCUCCUCAUUGGAAGGCCCAGGGACCACUCUCGGUCUGGGCUUAGGCACCGUUGCCCUGGAGGUGUUCUCGGGGGGAGGGCAGAUGCUUCUACCCCACCCGGGCCCAGCCCCCCCGCACCCGGCCCUGGGGUGGGCAGACCCCUCCUAGAGUGCACCCUCCCGGAGUGCACCAGAG